AUUUGGCAGACUUCAGAUCAAUUUCAAGUACUAUCACUCUAGCAUCAUACACUUCUCGAUCUUGCGCUGGAGAGAGACAGCCGACGGGUGAUGGGUUCGUUGCUCGUAGAAUCAAGAAAAUCCCGUGCACCUGCGCACGCCGUGUGCGUCCCCUUCCCGGCACAAGGCCACGUCAACCCGAUGAUGCAGCUCGCCAAGCUCCUCCACGACCGCGGCGUCUUCGUCACGUUCGUCAACACCGAGUUCAACCACCGCCGCCUCCUCCGGUCCAAGGGGCCCGACACGCUCCGAAGCCUUGAGAACUUCCGCUUCAAGACCAUCCCGGACGGCCUCCCGCCAUCGGACCGUGACGCGACGCAGGAUGUCCCGGCCCUCUGCGACUCGACCCGGAAGAACUGCUUGGGCCCUUUCAAGGAAUUGCUUGCCAGGAUCAAGAGCGACGAGGUUGUUCCGCCGGUGAGUUGUGUGAUAUCUGACGGGGUGACCAGCUUCGCCAGUGAAGCUGCGCAAGAGCUUGGAGUACCAGAGGUUCAGUUCUGGACUGCAUCGGCUUGUGGGCUCAUGGGUUAUUUGCAGUACAGAGAGCUUGUCAAGAGAGGGAUCGUUCCAUUCGAAGAAGAAGACUUCCUGAACAACGGGGCCCUUGAUGAUCCUGUCGACUGGAUCCCCGGCAUGAGGAACAUCCGACUCCGGGACAUCCCAAGCUUCAUGCGGACCACAGACCUGAAGGACAUCAUGUUCGACUUCUUAGGAGAAGAAGCGCAGCACUGCCUGAAGUCUUCUGCUAUCUUGUUCAACACCUUCAAUGAGCUCGAACACGAAGUACUGGAGAAAAUCGCAGACAUGUCCCCUCGAAUUUACUGUACCGGGCCGCUUUCGCUCCUCAUUCAGGAUAUUCCCUCGAGCUCUGUCAAGUCUUUCAGGUCGAGCCUGUGGAAGGAAGACCACAGCUGCCUCGAAUGGCUCGAUCAGAGAGAAGCCGAGUCGGUUGUGUAUGUCAACUAUGGGAGCAUCACUGUCAUGACUGAGGAACACCUGAAGGAGUUUGCCUGGGGGCUUGCCAAUAGCAAGCACCCAUUUUUCUGGGUGAUCAGGCCUGAUGUUGUGAAGGGUGAUUCCGCAAUCCUACCACCGGAGUUCCUGGAGGAAGUUAAAGACAGAGGGCUCUUGACGAGUUGGUGUCCGCAGGAUCUAGUCCUGAGUCACGGAUCGGUCGGUGCUUUCCUAACGCACUGCGGGUGGAAUUCUACCUUGGAAGGUAUCUGCGGAGGGGUUCCUCUCAUUUGCUGGCCGUUCUUUGCCGAGCAACAGACAAACUGCCGGUAUGCUUGUACGGAAUGGGGGAUUGGCAUGGAAGUGAACCAGGAUGUGAGGCGUGAGGAAAUAGAAGCUCUUGUCCGGGAAGUGAUGGAAGGGGUCGGCGGGAAGAAGAUGAGGGAGAAUGCUAAGAAGUGGAAGGAGAAAGCAGUGGAAGCCGCCCGUCGCGGAGGGUCAUCGUACAACGACUUUGACAGAUUCAUUAAGGAGGUUGUCCAUUUGAACGAUUAGAUCAAAGGGAGCUAUUACAAGAUUCUGAAAAUCUGUCGAAAGAUGAGGAAUUAAGAACACCAUUGUUCAAGAUUUCCCACUUCUUGUUUCCCAUCUGUUAGUUUGCACCAGUUCUUUCGACAGGGUAUUUUCAAAUCAUGCAGCAUGAAAGAACAUGAAUAAAGAUAUUUUACUUCCUU